CAACGAGAUCUCGCGAGACGAGCGUCGCGAGAAUCUGUUUCGCUAUCCAGCAGGCGGCGCGCGUUCACCAAUUUUUGCUCGCUCGGUUCUCGGGCAUCGCUUUUCAUGGAGUUCUGUCGGAGGAUUUCGAGCUUUGCCGUACCGCCAGCCUCGAACGAGGAAUAGGAGAAGCCAAGCCGAACAUUCGCAGCGUCGACAUGGCCACGGUGGAGUACGACCUGAACACGUCUGGGGGACUGAUGCCCCAAAUCCAGUCCCUGAUCGCGCCCCCGGCCAGUGAGCACCCGUGCAAGAAGAAGACGCGACAGCGGCACCGUCCCAGCGGCCGCACCGUGAACCACGACGCGUGCGACAGCUGCAACGAGGGCGGCGACCUGAUCUGCUGCGAUCGCUGUCCGGCCACUUUCCACCUCCAGUGCCACGACCCGCCGCUCGACGAGGACGACCUGCCGGCCGGGGAGUGGAUCUGCCACCGGUGCAGCGUCACGGCGCCCAAGAAGCCGCCGGCGCCGGAGCCCGCGGCGGCGGCGGCGCUCGGCCCGGUAUUCGGGCCGCUGCCCGCACCCGACACUCUUCCCCCAGGUCUGAACCCCGACGCGACGGGGUUGCCCGUUCAGGAGGCCCCGGCCGAGCCCACCAGGGAGUCUGACCCGGUUCCCAUCCCCUGCGAGCCCAAGCCCGAGGCGGCUGUGGAGCCUACAGCGCCGUCUACUCCGGAAAGUGCGGCGCCCUCCAGCGAGGAGUUGGGGCCCCUGCAGCUGCUCAUCCGGGCCGCCUCUCUCAUGAACGCCCAGCAGUUCGAGCUCCCGAACGAGCUGUCCUGUCCCGUGCAGUUGCCUGGCUGGAGCAAGCGCAGCCGUCCCACGGGGGGUCGUGGCUGCAAGCGACCUGCCUACGAAUUGGACGGGGGUCUCGUGCCGCUCCCGGCCAGGGUCUGCUUCACCUGCAGGAGGAGCUGCAGGUGGGCCCCCCUGAUCCAGUGCGACUACUGUCCGCUGCUGUUCCACGCGGACUGCCUGGAACAGCCACUGGCCACCCUGCCCACCACACGGUGGAUGUGCCCAAACCACGCCGAAAACCUGCUGGAGGAGAAGCUGCUGAGCUCAGUGAGCCUCACGGAGCGAGUGAAGCUCUGGGACCGCUUCUCUGGGACGCUCUCUCAGGAGGCCGUGAAGCUAGAGUUCCUGCGCAAGGCUCGCCGUACUGCACCUCCGUUCCGCUGCAAGCGGGCCUGCCCCAAGGCGCUCCGGGCCAAGGUGCCGGCGGCGGUGCGUGAGCUGUACCGGCACCCUCCGCCCUUGCCCCCGGCUGUGGGAGCCAAUCCCAUGACCUUCGAGCCCUGCGCCCCUCGGAACUGCUCCGCCCCUCCAACCCCGCAGGAGCAGGAAGAGUGGCUGGCAAGCGUCGUGGCGCUGCAGGCGAGCAUUGCCCGGCACCUGGCCCACCGGCAGCGGUUACAUCAGGGCCACGCACUCAACGGCGACGCCACCCUCGGGAAGGAGGACGCCUGGCCCGUCAAGGGGGACCCCGCUCUCCCAGGGGGCUGUCCUCCAAAGGGACCCCCGCACGGAGGCACCCCGAGGCCUCACCGGACGAGUCCCCACUCGGGCAAGGGUUCUCCCAAGAACGGCCCAUUGUCCCCCGCCAUGGCGGGCUUGAGCGGCAGCCUGCAGGCCUACGUGGACGGUGUCGGAGAAGGGGAUCUGGGCAAGUUGGACGAGCGGUUGGUGCGCAUCCUGGCCUGGCAGCGCCUGCAGCAGCUGCUGCCGCCGCCACGCAGACCCAACGGGCUCGUCAGGAACUCGGGACCGGUGACGGAAGUGCGUGCUCGAGCAGUGGUGUGCCCGGUGGGCGGGAGGGGCAGCCCCGUGCCCAUGUCCUUCCGCACCCUCACCAUGGGAUCGGGGGCCGACAUGGACGUGUGCCUGAGCCACUUUGGUCACUGCAACUUCGUUUCCUCAAAGCAUGCCUGCAUUUUCUACGACGAGAUGAGCAAGCACUACGAGCUGCUCAACUACAGCGAGCACGGUACCACGGUGGACAACGUGCUCUACUCGUGCGACUUCUCGGACAAGCGUAGUCCACUGCCUCCGGCGUCUGCGGCCGUGGCCGCCCUCAGGGGAUGCCUAAAGGGAGCCAGGGGGGACCACCGCAUGAGUGCCACACCACAGCCCCAGGCGCGCAGACCCUGCGGCUGUCGGUCGAGUGGCUCGAGCCUGAUUGGAGGAGCCGGCUGGGAGGGGACGGCUCUGCUACACCAUGGCUCCCACCUGCGGCUGGGCUGCCUGCAGUUUGUGUUUAGCGUCACCCAAGAGGAGCCCUGGCCCUGACGGUCGUCCCCACUGCUGUACAUAUGGGCCCCCCUGUACAUACUCACGGCCUGGGGGCGUUUUAACAAGACUCGAAAACAGAUA